UUAAUCAUGUGAAAAGACCAUCUUUGUAUGAAAGUGUUUCUUGAAAUAUUAGUAAAUUAAUUUGUAAAGAUUAAUAGAUAUGCAUGCAUGCCUAUAAUUAAUAAAUCCUAAUUAUGUAUGUAUACAAGGUGCAUGUGCAUAGGCAUGCAGACACACACUCAACACCCAGCACAUAAAAGGGAAGAUAGAAGAGUCUGCAUUUUACUCUUUGCUUAUAAAAGAUAGAAUUGAAGCCCUAAAUACCAAACAAGAACAAGGUAAACAAAGUUAGUUUCCUCUCUAUUUUUCUCUUAAUUCUCCCAAUUUCAUAUAUACCAAAAUUUGAUGAUAGUUUUGUUUGGAUGUGGUGUUGAGUAUAUAUUCCAAUAGUGGUGUGUUUGGAAUUUGCAGAAUUGGAAUGGGGAGAGGGAAGAUAGAGGUGAAGAGAAUCGAGAACAACACGAGAAGGCAAGUAACCUUCUCGAAACGUCGAUCGGGUUUGAUGAAGAAGACUCACGAGCUCUCUGUGCUUUGCGAUGCUCAAAUCGGACUCAUCGUCUUCUCCACCAAGGGCAAGCUCACUGAGUAUUGCACCCCUCCACACAGCAUGAAGCAGAUGAUAGACAGGUAUGCAAAGGCCAAAGGCAUCUCAAUACCGGAACAUGGCAGCCGCGCCGGAGCAACCGCAUACGAUGAUCAAGUGAUAAAAGAGGUGAGCCGAAUGAGAAGCGAAACACAUAAUCUUGAGCUGAGCUUAAUUCAGAGGUACAAAGGCGAUGACUUGAGCGGCGUACACUACGAAGAACUGCUCCAACUCGAGCACCAGCUCGAGCUCUCGCUAAAUAAAGUUCGAGCUCGAAAAUUUCAGCUUAUUCAAGAGCAAGUGGAAAAUCUCAAGAGGACGGAAGUUCUGAUGGAGAAGGAGAAUCAAGAAAUGUACCACUGGCUAAUGAGCAAUCAGAUUCAAAAAGAAGCAGAGAUAGAAAAUGAGCAGCAGGCGAUGACGGAGCUGAAGCUUGUGGAGCAGCAGCCAUUGAUGAAUCAGUUCCCAUUUUUUGGAGAUGAUCUGCACCUCGGAACCCUACCUUUUCACACACACACAUACCGCCUCCAGCCCACUCACCCUAAUCUUCAAGAUUAGACUUCAAUUCAUUCUAAUCAAGAUCAUUUGCUCUACCUACCUGUAAUUUAUUAUUUUUCACAACCCACAUAUUUAUAUAUAUUCAUACUGUUAUUUAUAGUAUUAAUUUAGUGGUUACUGUUCAUGAUAUGUAGUUUCAAAAAUUGCAAUGAUAUAUAAU